GUGCCUAGCUUCAUGCUGCUGAUGUGCUUCCUGGAUCAUGUCUGCACUACUUCUGCAGGACCCUCUGUCCCAUCAGAAAGCCCACUCUGGGGAGGAUGGGGGGAGCUUCCUGUUGGUGGAUGAGGAGGAGAGCCUGCAGGUCCGGGACGUGUCGGAAUUCCUCGGGAAGCUCGGCUGCGGCCCUCAGCACCUCGUCAAAGUUCUGUGCAUUUUCGGAAACACCGGGGACGGCAAAUCCCACACGCUCAACGAGACGUUCUUUGGGGGGAUCGAGGUCUUCAGAACGUCGCCGUCUCAGGAUUCCUGCACGAUGGGUGUGUGGGCCGCCUACGACCCGUCCCUCUCGCUCCUCAUCCUUGACACGGAGGGGCUUCUGGGGGCCACAGACAAACAGAAUCAGAGGCUGCGUCUGCUCCUGAAGAUCCUGGCCGUCUCUGACCUGGUGGUGUACAGGACCCGCGCGGAGAGGUUGCACAACGACAUGUUCCAGUUCCUGGGCAAUGCCUCCAAGGCGUAUUUGAGGUUCUUCACACCUGAGCUCAAGGCUUUAUCUAAUCGAUGUGGACUGGAAGUCACGCUGUCCAGCCUGGGACCGGCCCUGAUCGUCUUUCAUGAGACCUCGCGGACCGAUGUCCUGGGCCACGGUAAUAAGACCCCGGGGCAGGCGGAGAUGGAGCUCCAGAAGCGAUUCCAUGACCUGGGAACCCCUCCCGAGGCCUUCAGCUCCAUCCGCUACGUCGGGGUAAAGACCAUCGUCCCCCCCACCGACAUCUCCCGGUUGCAGGAGGUGGUGAGGAAGCAGGUGAUGGAUACGUCGUCGCGCUCGUCCAGGCCGCUGUCCCACGUCUUUAGUGCUCUGCAGAGGCUCAGUGAGAGAUUCUCUGACGAUAUCCCCGAGGGGCAGAUUCAUGUGACCUCCUUUUUCCCCGAUGAGUACUUUACCUGCUCCCUGCGGUGUCUCAGCUGCCGAUCGCGAUGUAAGAACAGAAUGAACCAUCUGAAGGAUGGCGUCCCCCACCAGGCGGAUGGUUUGUGCCACUACGCCCACGAGUAUGACAAUAAAGUUUUCAUUUGUAAGAGGUGCUACGAGGAGGGCAGAGAGGUGGUCGUGGUCCCGCAGACCGUGUCUUCUACAGAUAACCCCUGGACGGGUCUCGCAAAAUACGCGUGGGCCGGGUAUGUUCUGGAGUGCCGUGUCUGUGGAAUCAUCUACCGGAGUCGGCAGUACUGGUACGGGAACAGAGACCCCGAUGGAUCCAUCGUACGCCAAGAAGUUCGCCAUGUUUGGUCUGAGACUGACUCGUGCUCCUUGGAUAAACACAACGCCGCGCAGCGCUUGCUGGACGGGGUCAACCUGGUCAUUCAGUCUGUGAACGAUUACAGCGCCGGCCCCACAAAUAUGGUGACUUCCUGGCUCACUGACAGAGUCGCGCCAUCAUAUUGGAGACCCAACGCCGACAUCAAGGAGUGUCAUGGCUGCAGAAGGCCCUUUGAGGUCGCCGAGAGGAAGCAUCACUGUCGAGCCUGCGGAGAAGGUUUCUGCCAUGAGUGUUCCAGACACUCCAUGCCGGUCCCGGAGAGAGGAUGGGGAGCGUCCCCAGUCCGCGUUUGUGAUAAAUGUCACAGCGCAGGAACCAUGAAAGGUUUGCAGGUGCGUGAAGACGACGGGAGAAGUUUGCUGCCUCGCAUGGUGACCGAAGUCGCUCAGAACUCUUUGGAUAAAGCGUCGUCUGUGAUACAGUAUCCCCUGGGUUUCGUGAAGGACGUGGCACGGCCCAGCUACUGGGUAUCCGACCAGGACAUAACUAGCUGCCACGGAUGCAAAAAGCCGUUCUCCCCCAAAAUGUCCAAGCACCACUGUAGGUCAUGUGGCCAAGGGUUUUGUGAGUCGUGCUCCGGCUGCCGGCGGCCGGUGCCCUCCCGCGGCUGGCAUCACCCCGUCAGAGUAUGUGACGCCUGCAACCGGAAAAAGGAAGACCUCUGAGGUGAUCGAAUUCCAAGACUGGACUGUACUUAACUCCUGAUCCUUCAGAAAAA